UAAUGAUAGUGGAGUAACAAUAGUGGAUGACGGUGCUAAAUGCAGAUUUAAUGAAGAUGUUCCUGAAACGUGCGUUUCAAAUAUCAAAGCUAGUGAUUGUUAUUGUAUUACUUGUUCUGAAUCUCUUGAUUGUGGUAGUAAUAGUUGUGAAUAUUCUGGUA